AUGGACAAAAUUUUUCCUAAAGAUACCAUUAAGAAUACGGCUGAUUCGAUCGGAAUCACAAAUCUUAAAGACAACGCAGCGACUGCCUUAGCCCUUGACGCCGAGUAUAGAAUCCAUGAAAUUAUACAGGAAGCCAAUAAGUUUAUGCGUCACUCGAAACGUACAAAACUUACUGGCGAGGACAUAAAUAAUGCUCUUCGCGUUGUUAAUGUAGAUCCGCUAUACGGAUUUACUUUAAAUGAUAAUUUCAAAUUUCAACGCACUCUAGCAGGUCAACAAGAAUUGUUAUUUAUGGAUGAUGAUGAGUAUGAAUUUGAAAACCUUAUUGCCUCUCCUAUGCCAAAAUUACCCGCGGAAGUCACGUAUACUGCCCACUGGCUUGCUGUAGAAGGUGUCCAGCCAGCAAUACCUCAUAAUCCUCCCCCACCUAUUGAAGAUACUAUACCAGAAAGUAGUCGUAAAAAGGCUCCUUCAAAUGCCAUUGUUCAAGUUCCUAAUGAUGUGGUGACCGGCACACCUGAUAUUGAACUUAAACCUUUAGUUCAACAUGUAAUCUCUCAAGAAUUGAAGGUGUUUUAUGAUAAGGUCACAAAGGCCAUAAAAGGGGGUGAUAGUAAAAUGAAAGUAUCUGUUCUCUAUAGUCUUCAACAUGAUACCGGGUUAGCACAGUUACUUCCAUAUUUUGUACGAUUUAUUUGUGAACAGAUUGGACAAAAUAUUAAAAAAAAUACCGUAUUAGAGUCAAUAUUGGAAAUGACUGAUGCAUUAAUAAAUAAUACUAGUCUUCGCCUAGAACCUUAUGUAA